AUGAAGGCCAAGGCUUCCACAUUCUUCAAGCAGAUGCUGUCCACCAUCGUCGCCGUCGUCAAGGCCAAGUCGACGGCGGUGCGCGCCAAGACGAGCACCUUGAAGACGCGCCUCCUCGUCCUCGGCAUCCUCCGCAACAGGAAGCUCCUCGUCAGCGCCAUCAACCACAAGAUCCACGCCAUCAUGGGCCAGGACGACCACGCGCGCAAGGAGGAGGCCGCCCAACAAGACGACGGCGCCAACAAGGCCAUCGUGCUCUACACGUCGCCCAGCUACGUGACGGAGCGCGACGUGGAGGAGGCCGCCGCCGAUGAGCAGGAGGAGGAGGAGGAGAGCGACGACGAGUACUUGACGCACUCGCUGUUCCGUGAGGAAGACGACGACGACGACGAGCUGGUGAACGCGCCGGGGUCGGUGAUUGACGUGCUGCGCGACGCCAUGGAGAAGGAGGGGGAGGGGGCUGAGUUCCGGCUGGAGGACGAGAUCGACCAUGUCGCCGACGUCUUCAUCCGCCGGAUCCACAAGCAGCUCAAGCUGCAGAAGCUCGAGUCCUUCAAGAGGUUCUGCGAGAUGAUGGAGAGGAGCGCUUGA